AUGAAUCCGUCGCGCCCCGGAGGGUUUGGCGCGCGGUCAGGCCGGUACGGAGGGGCAGCAGGAACCCCCGCGGGCGCGGGCAAGGGGCCCGGCGGACCGUCUUCGCGCAGCAAUGCGGCGCUGCAGGCGCAGCAGAGGCUCCGCGCGCUCAUGUCGAACACGUCGGAUGAAUCCCAAGAUGACUACGGCAGCCAGGUGCUCGCGCUGUCUGCGUGUGCGUGCGGGUCGGGCGGGGGAAUGCGCAGCCCCCCACUGGGGCCGCUAUGGGGCGCACGCGGCCAGCGGGGGGGGAUACGACGCGCCCGAUCUCACCCACCCCAUGCUUUUUUAGAUCUCCCCAGGUCCGCGGGGGGAAUGCGCCAGCCCCCCACUGGGGGCGCUAUGGGGCGCACGCGGCCAGCAGGGGGCGGAUAUGACGCGCCCGACCCCAUGGGGGACCCUUACCGAGGGGGGGGAGGCAUGGGCGGAUACGACAUGGGACGACGCCCGGAUACAGUAGCGUCCCGGCAGGAGAUGGAGAGCAUCAAGCGCGAAUCAGCCAAGCUCAAGGACGAUCUGGAUGUACUCACAGAGGAAAACGAGUUCCUGGUGGAUAAGCUGCGCAUGGCAGAGGAGGACCUCAAGGAGAAGCAGGCGCGCGUGCAGGAGCUGGAGAAGCAGGUGGCCAAGAUGGGAGAAGGGCUCAGCCUGGAGGCCCGUCUUCUCAACAAGAAAGAGGCGGUUCUCAAGCAGCGCGAGGCGAGUCUGAAGGAGAUGAAGGACAAGAGCAAGGACGUGAAGGAGGUGGAGAUCACCACGCUCAGGAUGGAGCUCGAGUCCCAGAGGGAGGAGGCAGCGGCAGCGUUGGAGGAGGCGAGGCAGGCGAGUGAGGAGGUGAGGGCGCUGAGGAGCCUCACGGCGCGCAUUCUGCUGACUCCCGAGGAGAAGGAGGAGGUGGUGCUCAAGCGCUGCUGGCUCGCGCGCUACUGGGCGCUGGCCUCUCGCCAUGGCGUGCAUGCUGAGAUCGCCAGCUCGCGCAGCGACCACUGGCAGAAGUACUCGCCUCUGCCCUUCGAAGUGGUCAUUGAUGCCGGGAGGAAGGCCCGGGAGGAGCCCGACGGUGGGGAGAAAGAGGACAAGCCAGCGACGGUGGGCACGGAGAGCAACAUAGAGAGCAUGUUUCAGGUGGAGAAGGCACUCAGAGACCUGGCGGCACUCAAGGUGGAGGAGGGGGUGCUGCUGGCCAUGGCGCAGCACCGCCGCCCCGCCCUUCUCAAAGUUCACUCGGCUCCUUCAGCUGCCGAAGAGGGUCCAAGGAUGGUCGAGUCUAUGGAUCUGAGCGACGAGGAGGUCGAGGAUGUGAGGUUCAAGCAGAACUGGCUGGUGUACUGGUGGCGGCGGGCACGCGACCACAAGGUGGAGCCGGACAUUGCAGCAGAGCGGCUGGCGUACUGGAUCUCCAGGAGCACUGUGAAGCCCACGGCGCAUGAUGCUGUGGAUGCGGAGCGCGGGCUGAUGGAGGUCCGCAAGCUCAACCUGGAGCAGCAGAUGUGGGAUGCUUCCAGGAAGGAUCUCGUUGCCGAGGCUGCUGCAGCGGCUGCUGUUGCUGCCGUGGCUGCAGGACCACCACCCUCCAGCAAAUAA